CUGACACCUUUGCCCUGUCCCUGUGCAGAUCUGGCCGGAGGCUGAGGCUGGUUCCCGGGGUGCCAUGUUCUCCCUGCCGUCCCUCCCCUCCUGGCUCCCUGGCCUCCCCUCCCUCGAGUGGGGCUCCAGCCUCCUCGACUCCCUCCUACAAGGCCUGGUCGGGGCCCUUGGAGUCUUGGUCCUGAACAGCCUCCUGAAAGUUUACUUCUUCGUGGGCUGUGCCAAUGACCCGCAGCGGCGGCCGGAAAAGGAGCGGUUGCGGACCCAGUGGGCCUCGCUGGAAAUGGUGCACCUGGCAGGGCUGGCCCUGUUCCUGACAGUCGUGGGGUCCCGGGUGGCUGCCCUCGUGGUGCUCGAGUUCUCCCUCCGGGCCGUGUCCACACUGCUGUCCCUGGGCAAGGGCUCCCGGGGCCCUGAGAGGCUGCAGCUCUACCUGCUGUGCCAGUACUCGCUGGGCUGCGGGCUGAGCUGCGGCCUGAGCUUCCUGCAGGAGGGCGCCCCUCACCGCACGCUGAACCUGCUGCUCAGCCUCGGGCUGGCCACGCUGCUGGGCCUGGGCGCCCGGCGCCUCCACCGCCACGUCUGCCGCCUCUACGAGCUGCACAGCAGCCAGCGCUACUGUGGGGUGUGCCUGGGCCUGCUGGCCGGUGUGCACGACCUCCCCCGGCUGCUGGGCCGCGCCCUGGCCGUGGCCUUUGCCGUGGGUGACCUGGCAGCAGUGGCCCUCAUCAACCGGGACUUUCUGACCACCUCGGAGGCUGUGCGGUUCUGGACGCCGCUCACCAUCUGCUACACGCUGCUGGUCAUCUACAUGCAGGAGGAGCAGCGGCAGCACCCCGGCCUGCAGAGCCAGGUGCAGACGGUGCUGGUGCGCAUGGGUGGUCUCUUCGUGCUGCUGCUGACCGUGGGCCGCUGGCUGGACCUGCUGGGCAUCCUCAUCUCCCUGCUGGGCGAGCUCUGGUGUCUGGUGGGUGUCCGCACCCUGCUUGACCUCUGCCAGAUACAGGACUUUCCAACCCAGAGGCCUUCAGUGUCAACGCCAAGCCAGCCCCUGCCCUCCACACCCCAGCCCCAGAGUUCACCCUCCUCCUGACCUGCCUCAGGGAGGAUCUGAAGUCUGUCUCAGGCCCACCAGGCUGACCUUUGAGGCCCUGACUCCAGGAAGAUGCCUGGAGGCAGAAUGACAGGGCUGGCCCCUUCCCAGAGCUCAGUGUAGGCCCUGGGAGCCCCAAGAAGGGAAGGCAGGAUUUAGAGAUGGGAGACUCUGGAGAGGGGACACCUGAGGGCCCCUGGUUGAACUCUCUUUUUCUCAGAGUGGGCAAUGAUGCAGUCCCUCAGACCUGCCUUCCUGGGCAGGGGUGGGGGUGGGGGUGCAUCCUCAGAAGGGCUCCCCCUUUACUGGCUCCCCUUGCCCUCCUCACGAACAAUAAAGACGAUGACUUUCUCAA